AUGAAGUGUCUCUAUUCUGCGUUAUCUUCUCUUCCUCGCUUCCUUCCUUCACUCGUCUCUAUCUCUUCCUCUCUCCCCCGACACGCCAAUCCGAAUCGGAGUAAUGGGCUGCGCGCAGAUCGCCCGCAAAUCUCAUGUGCCAUCCACCUCGCUCCAAACGCCACCAUCGCCGCCGUCGCAAGCCGUUCCUUGGAAAAGGCCAAGUCUUUGGUCAGCUUAAAACCAGUGUCCAUUGGACUUGAUUUCAUUCUCGUUGCUUCUGUCUGCUCCAACAACACCCAUCAAACUUCACUUUGA